UCUUGUGUUUGCAGUGUAGACAGAUGAUCUCAUAGUAUUUUACAGGAAAGCGAAACGCGUCGGUACAGAGACACUAACUCAACAUUCAGAUUUCAAAAUGGGGGCUUGUCUGGCGCUGUGCUCUUUAGCCAGCUGUGCCUCCUGUCUGUGUGGCUCAGCACCAUGUCUUCUGUGUGGCUGCUGCCCCUCCUCCAAUAACUCCACCAUCACACGGCUGGUUUUCUCCUUGUUUUUGCUGAUGGGGACAAUGGUGUCUGUCAUCAUGAUUCUUCCUGGAAUGGAAACAGAGCUCCGCAAAAUCCCAGGAUUUUGUAAAGGAGGUGCUUCUAUAACUGGUAUUGAUAACGUGGCUAACUGUGACGUCCUUGUGGGCUACAUGUCUGUGUACCGGAUGUGCUUCGCUAUGACCUGCUUCUUCUUUAUGUUCUUCCUAAUCAUGAUUCGUGUCCGUAGCAGCAAAGACCCACGUGCAGCUAUUCAAAAUGGGUUCUGGUUCUUUAAGUUUCUGAUCCUGGUUGGGAUAACAGUAGGAGCUUUUUUCAUCCCCGAUGGAGAAUUUCAUACUGUGUGGUUUUACUUUGGAUUGGUUGGAUCCUUCAUCUUCAUCAUCAUCCAACUUAUUCUCCUCAUCGACUUUGCCCAUUCCUGGAACAAGGUGUGGGUAGGAAAUGCUGAAAACAGUGACAACAAAUGCUGGUUUGCAGGCCUGUUGACUUUCACCUUCCUCUUCUACGCCUUGGCGGUUGCUGCUGUGGUACUUUUCUAUGUGUACUACACACAGCCUGAUGACUGCACCGAGCACAAAGUCUUUAUCAGCCUCAACCUUAUCUUCUGCAUCAUGAUCUCAGUUGUCUCCAUCCUUCCCAAGAUACAGGAAGCUCAGCCACACUCUGGUUUGCUUCAGGCUUCUCUCAUCUCCCUCUACACAAUGUAUGUCACCUGGUCUGCAAUGACCAACAACCCAAAUCGGAAGUGUAACCCCAGUUUGUUGAGUCUCGUAUCGAACGUUAGCACCACUGAACCAUCUGGUGAUAGCACUCCAGAACAGGUGCAGUGGUGGGAUGCUCAGGGCAUUGUUGGUUUAAUCAUAUUCCUCUUCUGCACCAUCUAUGCCAGUAUUCGUUCAUCCAGUAACACCCAGGUAAACAAGCUGAUGCAGACAGAGGAGGGCGUAGGGUCGGGUGGAGAAGGUGUGGUGGGAGAGGACGGCAUACGCAGAGCCCUGGACAACGAGGAGGAGGGAGUCACCUACAACUACUCCUUCUUCCACUUCCACCUCUGUCUGGCCUCUCUGUACAUUAUGAUGACUCUCACCAACUGGUACCAACCUGCCACCUCCACCCAGGCCAUGAAGAGCAGUAUGCCGGCUGUGUGGGUGAAGAUGUGUUCCAGCUGGCUGGGUCUUGGGCUUUACCUCUGGACCCUCAUUGCCCCUCUCAUCUUCCCCGACAGGGAUUUCAACUGAGCAUGGUUUGUCUUUGGGCUGUUUGGUUCUUUUUUGUUUGUUUGUUUGAAUUUAUUUUCUUAUCCGGUACAUAUGGCCUUGUGAAGGAUGCUAUAAAAGACAGAGGAAGGAUAUUAUAAAGGAAAGAAUUAACAUUUCAA